AUGAACCGUGAACAAUUCCGAGCAGCUGCCCACAGCACUGUCGACGAGAUCAUCAACUACUUCGACAGCCUCCCCUCCCAGCGCGUCGUCCCCACCAUCGAACCCGGCUACCUCCGUCCCCAAAUCCCCGAAAACCCACCCACCGAGCCAGAAGAAUGGGCGCAGAUCCAAGCCGACAUCGAAACCAAAAUCAAACCGGGCCUGACACACUGGCAGUCGCCCAACUUCAUGGCCUUCUACCCGGCCUGCGUCACCUACCCCAGCAUCCUGGGCGAGAUGUACUCGGCCGCGUUCACCGCACCCGCGUUUAACUGGAUUUGCUCGCCGGCGUGCACGGAGCUGGAGACGAUUGUGAUGGAUUGGUUGGCGAAGGCGCUGGCGCUGCCGGAGUGUUUCCACAGUACGGGUCCGACGCACGGGGGUGGUGUUAUCCAGGUUAGCGCGAGUGAUGCGAUUGUCACGGUGAUGGUUGCGGCGAGGGAGAGGAGGGUUUAUGAGCAGGUGCGGGCGGAGGGUCUGAAGGAGGGGUCGAUUGAGUUUGAGGAUCGGUUGAUGGAGUUGCGACCAAGGCUUGUCGCGCUGGCGAGUGACCAGACGCAUAGCAGUACCGCGAAGGGGGCGAAAAUUGCCGGCACGAGAUAUCGCAGCGUGUCGUCGGAUUUGGAGAAUAACAUGGAGAUGACGGGGGAAGGGGUGCGGGCGGUGCUGGAACAGUGCGACAAGGACGGCCUCACGCCGUAUUACAUCACGCUCAACAUGGGGUCGACUAGCUCGUGUGCUCUGGAUCGGUAUGAAGAGAUCAAGGCGGUCUUGAGCGAGAAGCCUUCGUGGCAGCGCAUCUGGGUGCACAUCGACGCUGCGUAUGCGGGUUCGGCCCUCGUCGCCGAUGAGUACCAGUACAUCGCGCAGAACUUUGCCGAAGGCGUGGACAGUUUCAAUUUCAACAUGCACAAGUGGUUGCUGGUCAACUUUGACGCCAGUUGUCUCUUCGUCCGCAACCGGUCGGACCUCACCGAUGCACUGGACAUCACACCCGCCUACCUGCGCAACCCAUACUCCGACACCGGCAAGGUAAUCGACUACCGCAACUGGUCCAUCUCGCUGGGACGGCGAUUCCGCGCUCUCAAGAUCUGGUUCAUGAUGCGCACCUACGGCCUGAACGGGAUGAAAGCGCAUAUCCGCAAGACCAUCGGACUGGGUGACAUCUUUGCUGACCUCGUGCGGAGCCGAUCGGAUCUGUUUGAUAUUGUCACCAAGCCUGCUUUCUGUUUGACGGUGUUUAGAGUCAAGAGCCCUAAGGCUGCUGUGGAGAGUGGGGCGAUUGUUGGGCCGGAUGAAGCGUGCAAUGAGCUAACCAAGCAGGUGUAUGAGCUUGUGAAUGCUCGGGGUGAGGUUUUUAUCACUGCUACACUCAUCGCUGGGGUGUAUGCCAUCCGAGUCGUCAGUGCGAAUACUGAAGCCGACGAGAAAUACGUCCGUCCGCUUCAAUCCCACUACAGAACUCAAUCUAAUAUCAUCAGCCACGUCCUGGUCACCGGAGCGACCGGCUUCAUCGGCGCCCAUGUCGUCGACAGCCUCCUCGCCCGGGGCAUCUCAGUCCGAGGAACGACUCGAUCGCUCAAAAAGGGCGAGAUAAUGAAAGCUGCACGGCCACAGUACGCAUCGAAGCUGGAGUUUGUCCAGAUUGACGAUUUUACGCAGAUUGGCGUGUUUGAUGAUGUUAUGGAUGGGAUUGAUGGGGUUAUUCAUGUUGCCAGCCCCUUCACAUACAACACAACCAACAACGAAAAAGAACUUAUCAUCCCCGCCAUUAACGGCGUCAAAUCCAUCCUCUCCGCAUCCUCCCAGCCCGGCACCCAAGUCCGGAGAAUCGUACUUACAUCCUCGUUCGCCUCCGUGGUGGAUAUCUCACAAUCCCCCGGUCCGGAAUUCACCUACACCGGAUCCCACUGGAACCCGCUCAGCUACGACGAAGCCAUCUCCCCAUCCACGUCCGCGGUAAACGCAUACAGGGGGUCGAAGAAAUUCGCCGAACUCGAAGCGUGGAAGUUCAUGGACACGCAGCGUCCGCAGUUCGAUCUCGUCACGCUGUGUCCGCCCAUGACGUUCGGGCCGGUCGUGCAUCCUGUUUCGUCGGCGGAGGAGUUGAACGAGUCGAAUGCGGUGUUGUGGAGUAUUGCGGAGGGCGUGGACCCGUUGCCGGUCGCGAGGGUGUCUGCGUGGAUUGAUGUGCGGGAUUUGGCGGAGGCGCAUGUGUGUGCGUUGCUGGUGGGAGAGGCGGGGGGGAAGCGAUAUGUGCCUGCGUCUGGGGAGGCGUUUUGCUAUGAGAUGGCGGCGGAUGUUAUUCGGGAUGGGUUUGAGUGGGCUGAGGGGGUGGUGACGGGGAAUUAUGAGAGGGGGAGGAAGGUGGAGGGGACGUAUCGGUUGGAUGGGGAGAGAGUGACGAGGGAAUUGGGGGUUGGGUAUAGGGGGUUUAGGGAGACGGUGGAGGAUUUGAUCAGGCAGGUUAAGAAUAUGUGA